AUGGCCGUCGCUGAGGCCUUCGGCGAUAUUAUCAAGUUCAUCAAGGGCAAGGGACCGGACGGGGUCCGCAUCGACAAUAAACUGUUCCAGCUCCACUAUCGGCUGACCACAUUCAUCUUCCUUGACCGGGCAUCUCCAACGACGUUAUCAACACUUAACUGCUGGAUCACCACCACCUACACGCUGCCGCAGCUGCUGGACAAGUCCGACCAGUACCCGCACAGUGACAUCGCCUACCACGGGAUCGGGGCGCACAGCGCGCGCGCCGAGAAGCACUACCACGGCUACUACCAGUGGGUGCCGUUCGUGCUGUUCCUGCAGGGCAUCGCCUUCUACCUGCCGCACUGGCUGUGGAAGCUGGUGGAGGGCCGCCGGCUGAGCUCGCUCCUGCAGGAGAUGCAGCUGCCCGUCAUGGACCCCGAAGAGCGGCGGACGCGACUUGCCAACCUCGUGCAGUAUCUGGCGCAGACGCUCGGCUCCUACAACGGCUACUUUUUCCGCUUCGUCUUAUGUGAGCUGUUGAACGUCGCCAACGUCUUUUUCAACUUCUUCGUCAUCAACUGCUUCCUGGGCGGCCGGUUCUUGCGCUACGGGCCGCGCGCGCUGGCCUUCUUCAUCGGCAGCGGCGGCCCGGGCGCCAGUCCGAUGACGGAGGUAUUCCCCAAGCUGACCAAGUGCAACUUCCAGCUGGUCGGCGGCUCGGGCAGCGUCGAGUCCAUUGACUCAAUCUGCGUGAUGGCACUCAACAUCCUCAACGAGAAGAUCUACCUGCUGCUCUGGUUCUGGCUGGUGCUGCUGGCCGCCGCCAGCGUACUGGCCUUCGCCUGGCGCGUGGUCAUGAUGUCAGCCACGGCUAUGCGCGUGCCGAUGCUGCAGGCGCGCGCGCGGCUCGCCGACGUGCACGACCUGGAGGACCUGGUGGAAAGCGUCCGUCUCGGUGACUUCUUCCUGCUCUCGCUGCUUGCCCGCAACAUGGACCUGGUGGCGUUCCGGCAGCUGGUGACCGAUCUGGCGCGUGCCGUGACCCACGGUCAGGGUCGGAGGGUGAGCAGGGUCACGGCCCCGUCGGCUGGGGUCGGUGACCCGCAAACGCUCAUCAAGCGCGCCGUGACCCAUCGCUCCGCCGCGCUGGACUAGCCGGGAUGGGGCUGCCGGGCGGUCAGCGUGGGCGAGUGAUCGAUGCUGAUAAGAAGGAGGCAAUGCAUGUAAGCACUCAGGUCUGAUGCCGAGAUGUUGCCUAAGCUCGUGAUGCGUAACGUAGCACACGCACUGAAAAUGAUAAAGGAAGCAUACGUCUUGCUACGGUUUCAGGUGGGCACCGUUAAUAAAGGAUGGUUCUGUUA